AUGCUCAAUUCUGAUGUAUCCCACAAGCGCCAACAGUGUCACUUCAUGGUUCCUUUUGGACGAAAUAAGGAAUUCGUGGGACGCGACUCGAUUUUUGAACGGCUUCUUGCGACAAUCGCACCGAGUGCAGAUCAGGACGACUGCCAACGAGUAGCUUUGGAAGGCCUUGGCGGGGUCGGCAAGACGCAGAUUGCGCUUGAGGCUGUGUUUCGCCUUCGCAAUGACCAUCCGGACUGCUCGGUGUUCUGGGUUCCAGCUCUGGAUGCUGCAAGCUUUGAAAGUGCCUACCGUGACAUCGGACGGCAGCUCAGAAUAAAAGGCAUCGAGAAGGAUGAUGCAGAUGUUGGGUCGCUCGUCAAGACCGCUUUAAGUGAAAGCGCAUUUAGCUGGCUUCUCAUCAUUGAUAAUGUUGACGAUGCACAGCUUUUCUUUGGCGAUUCCAACGCGACACCCCUCGGCGACUAUCUACCAUUCAGUCGGAAUGGCUCAAUUGUUGUUACUACGAGAAAUCACCAAGUUGUCACUGAGUUGGACAUUUCCACGAGCAACACUUUCCUAGUAGGGGAAAUGAGUAGGGACGAGUCCAUUAAAAUGCUGCGGCAAAGCAUAAAGGAGACCAGACCGUCGGACGGCAAGGAUGCGAGCGAACUGCUUGACUUCCUGGCUGAUCUCCCUCUUGCCAUCAAGCAGGCUUCGUCUUACAUUGCCAAGACUGGGAUCUCUAUCUCUCGAUAUUCCGAACACUGCCGGUCGAGCGACAAGAAGUUGAUAAAGUUGCUCAGCAAGGGUUUUGAAGAUCGGAGUCGCUACAAGAACUCUGUAAAUCCGGUGGCAACGACAUGGUGGAUAUCUUUCAAGCAAAUUGCAAGGGAAAGUAGAAAUGCCGCGGAAUACCUCACGUUCAUGUGUUUUUUUGCUGAAAAGGAAAUACCGAAAGCCCUACUGCCCCCAGGUAUGGAUGAGGACGACGACGAGAUGGAGAGAGACGAAGCGAUUGGUAUUUUGAAAGCAUAUUCAUUUAUAUUGGAACGGCCGGAGUCGAACUCUUUCGACAUGCAUCGGCUCGUUCGCCUGGCACUGCGAAAUUGGUUACAGGUCGAGCAAAAGCUAAGACACUGCUCUACCGCCGUGGCACAGUGGCUUGCAGUCGUGUUUCCGUCUCUGGCGCACGAGAACAGGGACAUAUGGCUGAAGUACCUACCUCAUAUACAGUCGGCGUUGGACUUCUCCGACGCUGUGGAUGCCAACGAAGUUAAAGGCGGGCUCCUCUCCAAGAUGGCUAUAUGCUUUAAUCUCUUGGGGAAGUACAACAGUGCAGAGGUUUCUUACCGCGCGAGCCUCCAGCUGCGGAACGAGGUCCUGGGCAUCGAGCAUCCCCGCACGCUUGGCAACUUGAAUGGUCUCGCGAAUGUGCUCCAAUGCCAGGGUCGAUACUGGGAGGCAGAGCAUACACACCGACAGACCCUCGAGCUGCGGCAGAGGGUCCUCGGUCGGGAGCAUGCCGAUACGCUCGCAAGCAUGAGCAACCUUGCCCUUUCGCUUGUCGGUGGUGGAAAGUGGCAAGAGGCGGAGCAGUUGCACCGGCAGACACUUGAAUCGAGGAAAACGGUUCUUGGUGAGGAACACCCGGAAACACUCGCGAGCAUGAACAACCUUGCACUUUUACUUGACAGUAGGGAGCGCUGCGAGGAAGCAGGAGAGAUUUAUCAGAAAACAGUGCCACUGAUGGAAAAAGUCCUCGGCAAAGAGCAUCCCAACACGCUUAUUAGCAGAAAUAACCUCGGCAAUGUGCUUCAACGCCAGGGCCGACACAGCGAGUCGGAGGAUAUGCACCGAGAAACGCUUCAGCUGCGGCAGAAGGUCUUGGGCGAAGAGCAUCCUGAUACGCUCGCAAGCAUGAAUAACCUAGCACUGUUGCUUGUCAGCCUUGAGAUGUAUGAGGAGGGAGAAAAACUACACCAGCAGACGUUGAAGCUGAGGCAAACGGUUCUGGGCAAAGAACACCCAGACACAUUUGCAAGCAUGAAGAAUCUUGCCUCUGCCACGCAAUGUUUAUCACAACCACCUUCAAAGUCCCCGGAACGGUCAGAUACCAGAGCUCGACGUUCGUAUGGUUUCCUGCCUUCCGAACCAAGUGCGUUUGCGUUGGGCUACCCGAGCACUAUGUCUGGCAGUUGCGCUCUACCACAAUCCGAAAGCCCCGAACCAAGUGCGUUUGCGUUGGGCUACCCGAGCACUAUGUCUGGCAGUUGCGCUCUACCACAAUCCGAAAGCCGGGAAGCUUACGAUUCAGAGAAGCUACCUUCCUCGGCUAACGAUACUUCACACGACCAACCCGCGGCUCAACCGCUCCCCGACAGCUACCAGCCCGCUCCGCCACCGCCAUACGAGUCUCAUUUGCGAACGUUCUCUGGCGACGAUAUACAACGUCACUCUUCCACACGUUCCCUUCCAGAUUCAGCGUUCGUCUCAAAAGCUACGCCGCCACCAAUACCUCGGUACCAACCAGGACGCCAAGACAUGUUCGAAACCAUGCCCUCGGCACCUCAACAUUUUGGGCCCUGCUCCCCUGGUGGCUAUACCUUCAAGUACUCUGAUUGCACUGGAAGGAGGAAGGCUCUUUUAAUUGGCAUCAACUACUUUGGUCAACGCGGGCAGCUACGCGGCUGCAUCAACGAUGUCCGCAACAUGACUUCCUACCUCGCCGAGGAGCUCGCCUGCAGGCGCGAGGAUAUGAUAAUCCUUACGGAUGACCAGCAGAGCCCCACGAGCCAGCCUACAAAGCAGAACAUCCUGCGCGCUAUGCAGUGGUUGGUGAGGGAUGCUGAUCCUAAUGAUUCUUUAUUCUUCCAUUAUUCCGGACAUGGUGGUCAAACGAAAGACCUUGAUGGCGACGAGCCAGAUGGUUAUGAUGAGGUCAUCUACCCUGUCGACUUCCGACAAAACGGGCAUAUUAGCGACGAUGAGAUGCACGAUACCAUGGUGCGGCCGUUGUGCGCAGGUGUGCGACUGACCGCCAUUUUCGACUCUUGCCACUCCGGUACAGCUCUGGAUCUGCCGUAUAUUUACUCCACGCAAGGUAUCCUCAAAGAGCCAAACCUGGCCAAGGAGGCUGGUCAUGGUUUACUUGGUGUCAUCUCUUCGUACAGCCAAGGGGAUUUGGGUGGUAUGGGUAGUCAAAUCAUGAGCCUCUUCAAGAAGGCAACAAGUGGUGAAGAGGCUCACAGCCGCGCUAUUGCGACGAAGACUUCACCUGCCGAUGUUAUCAUGUUUUCAGGAAGCAAGGAUGACCAGACAUCUGCAGAUGCAAGUAUUGGCUUGCAAGCCACUGGUGCCAUGUCCUGGGCCUUAAUUACCUCUCUUAAGAAGAAUCCUCGCCAGAGUUAUGUACAGCUUCUCAAUAGCAUUCGCGACGAACUAUCCACACGAUAUACUCAAAAGCCGCAGAUUUCCUGCAGUCACCCACUUAAUACAAAUCUCCUCUUCGUCAUGUAG